AUGGUUAAAUUACUCACAUCUGUUUAUUUUGCCAAACGGCUAUAUUCCGGAACAACUGGCAAAGUGCAGGCACAAAAAUAUGUGCUAACUAAAUAUUUUCAAGGAGAACCGAAGAAAACAGACUUCACGAUCGUCGAAGAGACACUCCCCGAUUUAAAAGAUGGCGAGGUAUUAGCAGAAGCUGAAUAUCUAAGUGUCGAUCCCUACAUGAGAGCUUAUAUGAUAGGAUAUAAACUACCCACGGAUAUGAUCGGAGGGCAAGUAGCAAAGAUUAUUGCCAGUCGCAAUAGCAAAUAUGAGGUUGGAAAGUACUUAACUGGAUCUUUUGGAUGGCGUACACAUACUGUGUUAAACCCUGACGUGGCCAAUGAAAAGGCUGGCUUGUUACCUGUUACACUUCUGCCUGAUUUCGGUUCGCAUCCAGUCUCUCUGGCUUUGGGAAUUCUCGGAAUGCCUGGUAACACAGCUUAUUUUGGCUUGAAAGAGAUAUGCAAACCAAACCCAGGAGAAACUAUUGUAAUUACUGGAGCAGCUGGCGCAGUUGGCUCACAUGUUGGGCAAAUUGGAAAACUUUUAGGUUGUCGUGUUGUUGGAUUUGCGGGGACAGAUGACAAAUGUGAAUAUUUGGAAAAAGAGCUUGGUUUUGAUCGCGCUUACAACUAUAAAACCGUUGAUAUUAGAGCUGCUUUGAAAGAUGGAUGUCCUAAACGCGUUGAUUGUUAUUUCGACAACGUGGGUGGAGAAAUAAGUUCAACUAUAAUUAAUUAUAUGAACAAGUACGGUAGGGUCGCUGUAUGUGGCUCUAUAUCAUCGUAUAAUGAGACCAAGUUGCCAAAAGUGUCUAUUCUUCAACCUGCGAUAGUAUUGAAGGAAUUGAAAAUAGAAGGUUUCCUAGUUAAUCGCUGGACAGAUCGUUGGAAUGAAGGUAUUGAAGCAAAUUUGAAAUGGCUUGAAGAGGGUAAACUAAAGUAUCAAGAAAAAAUAUAUCACGGCUUCGAUAAUAUGGUGGAUGCUCUCGUGGGGAUUCUUAGAGGUGAAAAUACGGGAAAAGCUGUUGUUAAAGUCAAGUAAUAUCUAUAUUUAGAACGUUGUAUUUUGUUUUGUUGUAUUUACAUAAAAUUAAUUAUAUAACAUUGAAUAUUUCCUAAAA